CGGGCUCCCAAACCUGGAAUGUGGGCAACAUGCAGUCUUCAAUACCGGCUUAUAAUACAACUAUGAAUACCUCUUUCGGGGGUCCUGAGCUGCUUCCUCUUAGUGCACAACUACAACCGCAAAUGUCGUCGCAGAUACGGGUGGAUGUCAGUGUUCAGCCGUCGAGCGGUAACGAUAUGGGCGGCAUAACCAUCUCGAGUCCCAGAAUGUCCGUGAACGCGACCGCUAUCAGUGCACCAGUCAACUCCGCACAUGCCACUGCAAACUCAUCAGCUGCAAAUGUGACAGCACGUAGUAUUGCAAACCCAGUAGUUGUGGCUGAGAAGGUGGCCACACCCACAUAUAUGCUGACACAACAAGCACUUAUUGGCGGUGCAAGGGGUGUAGUACCGAACAUCUCGACUAAGAAUAAUCCCGCCGAGGGCAUGGAGAGGCCCCAACUGGCGAAUCCUUCGACUACUGCUUCUCAAAUGGGUAGUGUAUCGGUACCAGCAGUGCUAACAAGUACAUCACCCCCCCUGCUACCGUCUAUCACCGUUCCCAGGCACCAGAGUAUCAGCAGCACUCCCGGCACUGUUAACGAACCUGUGGCAAAUGUGGUUACAGGUUUGCCUCCUGCAAGUAACAAUACACCUAUCGCAGACGCAAAUGUACAAGCCGUACAUACUAGUCCAGGCGGAAACGGAAAUGCAUCUGUAAUACACACACCAAUUGCCGCACCCCAAACUGAGUCACAGGCCGCGAACACUGAGGUCGCGAACACUGAGGCAGCGAACGAACCAGUAGCACUUGUGACUGUGAGCACGCCGCUGUCAAUAGCUGAGCCUACCGCGAUACCUGUGCCUCUUAUACCGGCUUCAGGGCCAGCACCACCAGUUGCUUCCGAAGCACCGACCAUCCCAGCCAACACACCCACCCAUACACAAACUCAAGCGCCUAUCCCAGCAACCGAUAGUGCAGCCAGACGAAUUGUUCCGGCACCAAGUCUUCCCGUAGGUACACCUGUACCGGUGCAAGUGCCCGUGCAGGAAGCGCCGAAAGUGGCUGCAGUCUCUGUAAGCGACGCGGAUGCUACUAGCACAUCCCUCCCAGUAUCUCAACAGGCCGUGAACACACCUGAGGCAUUGGGUACGAGCACGGGUGCUAUUGCAAGUACAGAUGCAAGCACGGAGUUAAGGAUAGAAGCAAGCACUAUUGCACCACAGCCCCAACCCCAACCCCUAACUCAAGCACAAUCGCAAGAGCCAAACGCACACAUUCAGGGGCAACCUCAGCAACAACAACCUCAGCAACAGCAGCAUCCAGUGCAGCACUCACAACAGCAGGUACCACCUCAACCGCACCAGCCCCGUUUCUACGGUCAAUUACCGGGUGUGGCAGUUGGACGUGGACGUGGAGUCAAAACACCCAGCGGAAGCCUUGUGGGUAGUAAUGACGGCGGCAAAGUCAACUAUCCUGCGUCGGAGAAAGGAACUGUUGCGAGCGGUCUACGGGUGGGUACAGGCUCGCCUGUGACCACAUCCGCACCUGUAGUGGAGAGAGAUGGACGAGGACCGCCACAAGAGCUCGGGCGUGUACCAUCGCACCCCGCCAGUGAAUACAGACCGGUGAGCAUAGCACCGUUCCCGACUGCCAAUGUCAAGGUAGGUUCCCCACCUGCGCAUCAUAGUAUAAAGAAUAGCAGCGGCACGCCAGUCCACGCUACACCGUUGGGUUCGCAUGCGCCACCACCAGCUAUGCCUAAGCCGAUGAAACGACCGUAUUAUAAGCCUAUCAGUGCAGCACCGGGACCGGGCUCGGGGCUGAACACCCGCGGCGUGGGUGGCGAGCAACGUAAUGUGCAGGCACACCAGCAUCCUCACGCGACGCAUACACUGACGCAACAGUUGAGCCAGGGUGAGAUACACGGACCUGUAGACACCAACAAUGGUAGCGGCAGUUUACCCACACAGCAACCACCACAACCCCCUCAACCAAAAUUGCCGUCGCAGCAGCAGGGACCAGCUCUUCACCCCCGCACGCCAAUUGCGGCAGCCUCUUCGCCUGGCAGAAUACAUCAUCACACACAGCAACAGCAACUACAUCCACAACAACAGCCACCACCGCAACAUAUACAACCACAACGGCAGCAAAGCAGUGGAGGGCCUUCACCACACGGACCCAGUGGAUCAGGUGAAGGUGAAGGCAAGAGUCUGGAUAGUUCGGGUAGGAAUAUAUUAAAAUCACAGACAUCUCAGCCUUCAGCACAGCCCACGUCAUACUUGGCUCGCCCCGCACCCCCCCCUGUAGGCUCGUCGCUCGCGGCGAUGGCCCCGAUGAACGCUGUGGUGCAUGUCAGCUCGAAUUCACUGAGCAAUAGUACUGAGAGAGACCCACAGCAACAGCCACAACAACAGGCUGAUGAACAACAACAACUACUACUACUACAAGCUCAACAACAGAGAUCACAUGCGAAGGGUGCACCCCAACAACCCCCCACAGGCCAAUCACCAGCGCACCACGGGGGCUAUCGGAGCAUGGGGUCUAGACAACACUCAGGCCAUCUACCAUACAAUAGUCAACAGCACAUGGGCCGCCCAGGAUCGUAUCCAGAGCAGUAUCCGGGACCCGCGCUAGCAGGUAAAGCUUCGCCCCAUGAGAGGCUGAGCAGCGACAAGAAUGCAUCCGGGCCUAAGACCCCGGGUGCGGGCCCAAAUGCACCCAAACUCGCACCCACUCUCAAUUCCAAUGCCAACUCCAAGGGCACACCUCCCGGGAAUGCAUAUACCAAUAACGAUCCUGCCUCAAGACCCCCGUACUCUACCCAGCCGUUACAACGAGGUUCUAGUGGUACCAAUGUGCCGCCUACUGCAACCACAAGAGGAGCGGGUUUCGCAUAUGACGGUGGAGAAAGUGUAGGUGCCAGCCUAAGUGGUGGGAGUUCGCUUACUAACCUCAACACAGGCAGUGCAGGCCCUGGCGAGCCUCGAAGGGACUCGGCAUCGAGUAGUGGCCGAGUGCAUCCAGACGCGGGCAAGUUCUUCCCCCAGCUGAGCGAGUCUGAGCUGGAUAACAUACCGCAUCAACCCCUGACACAUCCAGUCAAUGGGGCGCAACAACAACAAACUCAGGGACCACCGCACGUGCCACACGCAAGGUCAUCACAGACUCAGCACGCCAAUGCGGCACAAGCCCAGGCACAAAAGAUAGUACCCUCACAGCAACUGCAGAAGCAGCAGCUGCAGCAGCAGCAUAGCAUGCAGUACACCAUGGGGAUGGGCACAGGCCCAGGCUCUUCCCGGGCACAGGUUGGGCCCGGAAGGCGCCGGUCGGGUACAGGCACGAGUCCUGCGUAUAGCAAAGCACAGGAGCAAGCCAUGCAACAACAGCAGGUACACUUCCACACCAACGCACGUGGCAUCCAGCGGGAGUAUGUGAGUAAGGGCAAGCGUGUUAUACAGGACGAAACCCAUGCAGGGGCUCCGCAGAUGUCCGGUACUAAGCGCUCGGGGCCAAGCGCGGGUCGCAAACACGGCGCGACUGGCGGUGAACAGCAAGGUGCGUCUAAGCGCGCGAGGAGGUGCUCAUACUCGGAGAACGAGUUUGAUACGGUUGAUGAAGAUGCGGAACAUCACAUGACUGAUCGGCGGCCUGUGUUCAAGCGCAAGCGUCCAUCCAUAAUAGGACACCAACCUCGUUCAUUCUUCACCCAGAGAGACCCAGAGGUCACGGGCGGUAUAAAUGUGCCCGGACACUAUCUCAAACCCACCCUAUUCCGGGCACCUGAUGAGGAGAAAAAGUUAAAACGGAUGUUGAAGGGGGCGAGUACCGACGGUCGAUUGGAGGGCAAGCGUAUGAAGAUGAUGAUGCAGAAAGAGGGCCUAGGACAAGUGCUGGAAAUUGAGAACCGAGUGACAGAAACGCUCAAUAAAUUGCAGGAGAGUCUGGAUAAAAUGACGAGUUCUAUGGAUUCAGACGGUAGGAAUAAGAAUGGUAUCAAUAACACACGCGUGGAUGUCGCGGUGAACAGGCUGAAGAGUCUUGUUGAGAAAAAUAUGGCCGCAAGUAAAACCGUAACAGGGCACACCAAGGACGUAGCCAAGCUAUCAGAAAAAUUGAUGAAUCACGAACCAACCUGCAAGCUGUUGGUCAAACAGUAUGCUCUGGGGUUAUCAAACCUGUGAUGAGUUACAGAUUAGGCCACGUACGGGUGUAAUACAAUACUUUCAAACAUUUGUGGGAUCAGUAUAUGAGAUCGCCAGACACACAACUGUUGCUACGCACAUACAACCCUCGAUUCAAUAGUAACACACAACCGCGCGGGUCGUGUGCUACCUGCAGAUUCAUGGGUCACAUUAUACAAUGGAAGCAGUGGACCUUUUAAUGGUGACCGAAUCAUACCGCGCUCGUGGUCUAAUGUUUAAUCGAAGCAAUCGAGCCUCAGAAUUGCUUACACUGCCUCACGAAAUAUAGUAUUUAUUAGCUGGAAAUUCCUCAUAUAUAGAGCAUAUGUAGGCUAUACCAUAACCAAUACAACGCAGCGGAGGUAUGAAACCCCCCAUGGCGCCACACUUGUUCUCAUUUAGACUAAUUGAAUGAGAAAUGUAGGAACAUAAAUAGGUGGCUAUAUGUAAGCACUGACGCAGUAGGAAUAUAAAUAGGUGGCUAUAUGUGUGCACUGACGCACAUAUCUUCGACUGAUUUGGGUAAAGUAUCCUUCCCAGCAUCGCCCUCCACAGCCAAAGGUCGCUAGAGAAGAAAAACUUGUGCAACCUCAAGGAGGCGACAAACCUAAAGUUUCGACGUGUGUACAAUGUGGGAUAGAACCCAUGAUGCGAGAGUAUAAGACAUCGGUAACAACAAACGUUAGUAGUUGUUAGCUCUCGUUGCAACGCCAGUGCAAAGGCACAAAACAAUAAACUGCUACACUACCAAAACGA